CCGGAACCUUUCGCCUUCAGCCUUCUGGCUUCCUCUCUAGCCGCACGGACUUUCCGUUGCAUCGAAUCACAGACUAGACCAGACCCAAGGCCCAGACAUUCCUCUCUCGCUUCCUCUCUAGCCGCACAACGACAUCCCGUCGCACAUCACUCACAUCAUUUCGUCUUCUUCAGCCUCACUCUUCUCCAGGGAUUUCCAACCAGCCAACCAAAAUGUCCCCCGACCAAGAAGCUAAUACCUCACAACAUUGUUGAAAAGAGUAAUAUGUCUUUCUUGCUUGAGGUGUUUCAGCAAAUACCAGAGACACUUUUAGUGAAAGGAUCUUUGCAGAAGAAAAACACUUCUACCAGCUCAUAUUUCUACUUCCACAAUCCUGUAUCCGUUGUUAGUAUUUUUCUUACACAAUUUGGAUUGAUUCGGGGAAAGUAGUAGUUAAUAUUGUGUAAUGUAAUAUACAUGCAAAUUUAUCUUAUGUUUGAAUUUUAAAUGUUUAAAUCUAACAAGUCGGUAAAGCUGGAGGAAUCGAAUGGAAAACAUGUCUGAUAGUGUAAGUGUUCGAUUAUGUCUAUAUGCAGGCUAAGAGGCUAUGAUCAAUUAUAUUUGGGUCCAGUUUUUCAUCAUCAUUGUUUUUUAAAUCUGUUAGGAUAAAGCUCCAUACAAAGCAAAAGCAGAUAAAAGAAAGCGUGAAUACGAGAAGACCAUGGAGGCCUACAAUAAGAUAUAAACAAUGAAGAUGAUGACAAUGUUGUGGUUGGUAUUGAUUGAAUGAAACACUAAGUCAGAUUAUUAUUUUUGGAAUGAACUAGAAUUUAUCAAUGAUGUUGCUUUGCUACAGUUUACUGCUUAUGGUUUAUUACCGCCUACCUCCUGCACUCUUUUCCCAAACUUGUUUUGCAAUGUUAUU